AUCUGUGAUUUCAAAGUGACGUGGAAUAAAUCCAUUAAAUUUAACUGUCACAAACUUGUUCGAGCUACCGGAAUGGGUUUGUCCUCAUCACGUGGUAAAACAAUAAAUGGCUUAUGAAUUUGUAUUGUCAUUUGAUCAUGUAUUGUUUCAGAUACUACAACAGAGGAACCGACGACUACCGAAAUCGAAUUAACAACUACAACACCAGCACCAAGUACAGUACAACCAUCACAAUGCCUUGAUAAUGUUGAGGGCGUCAAUAGAACAGACGCUACACUGGAUGAAGAAUGUGGUGCAUACAGUGGAACCUCUAAAUGCAUAAUACCAAACAGUGCCUGUACCAAAAUUGACAGUACGUGGAUAUGCAGAUGUUCACAGGGAUAUGCAAAAAAGAAUGGAUUGUGUACACAAUUACCGAGCGAAUUAUUUACAUCAAAACAGUCAUCGCUUAAUCUUUUGGAAAGUAGCCAACCGGGUGAUCAAGUUACUACAAUAGAUUUCACAGAGGUGCAAGGUCUAUAUAAAACAAAUCCUGUAGCUGAAAUAAUAGGACAAGAUUCUGAUGUUUUUAGAGUCCAAACUGUAAACACGGAGAUGGUUACUAUUGCAUUGGACAAAGAUUUGACGAAACCGAAGUAUGAAAUCUUUGUGGUAGUGUCUGUAACAGCUGAUGGUAUAGUGAUACGAGAUUUCAAACAUAUAACAAUAACAGUAAACAAGGACAGUGUUAUAAGGAAAGAAAUAUUCAUAAUGGAUGGAACAUUGAAAGACAGUGUGGUUGGCCUCGUUUGCCAGUCGUGCUUAUUAUUUGAAAACAUGACACAAAUAGAUCCUCAUGAUAUCGUAACGGUACAAAACGAUGGAGUUAUCACAACAUCAAAAACUAUCGAUUUAAAUAGUAUCCAAGGGCCCACAACAAUAGCAUAUUCAACAUAUGUCGAAAUUCAAAAACAAUUUACUUCUGUUACCGUUGUUAAUAUUACAAUUCAUAUCAUACGUGCUGAGUUUGAAUGUGAGUUAUUCGAAGAUGGUGUUGCAAAUACAGUUGUCGGUAACCUGAAAUUAAAUAAUCCAUUUUCAAUUGAUUCCGAUUCUGAAUUUCAAAUAAGUGGAAUGUCAUUGACUCUUGGGUCCGUCGUUUUAGACUAUAUCGAGCAAAUUAAAGUAACGAAAACACUCAGGAUAUCAAUAAGUGACUAUACAUUUGACACUACAAUAAUGAUAAAUGUACAAGAUGUUAAUGAUAAAAGUCCAACGUUUAUAGCCACACCGUAUAAUUUUUUUACAUUGGAGUCGGCAUACCCUGGGUUGAUAGUCGGUGUUGUUUCAGCAAUUGACCCCGAUACGAACUCCGAUUUGAAAUUUAGGAUCAAUCCAGACGAUAAAUUGAGGAUCAAUGAUUACGGUAUCAUAACAAUACGAAGUGGUUUUGGCACAAACGCAAAUGGUUAUAACGCCACUGUUACAGUGACUGACGGGUUGCAUCCUGUAACUGAAUUUGUAACUGUUGAAAUUGAACAAACGACAACCAGUAAUCUCCAAAAUAAAUUUGCUGGAAGUAUUUCUGAAAAUCAAAAAACUCCAAGAGUAAUAGAAACCGUUUUUAUCCCAAAUUACAAAAACUAUAAGUUCACAGAUAGAUCAGCAUUUACAGAUUUCAGUAUUGACCUUCAAACGGGUCAAGUUAAAAAUGUAAGAGACUUUGACAGGGAAAUGGAAACUGAGAGGGAGUUUAAAUAUACCAUUGUAGCAAACGAGGAUGGCGCACUGAAAUGUUCAUUAGUGGUAAUAGGAGAGAUAACUAUUACAGUGACCGAUCAAAAUGACGAACCACCUGUAUUUGCCAGCCAUUCUUAUACAGCCACGGUUUCAGAGAACGCUCUUAAUGAAAAAUUGAUGGUUGUUCCUGAAAUAUCGACGACUGAUAAAGAUUUGAAUCCUACAGUAACAUAUAGCAUUUCAACAAAUACUAACAAAUUCGCCAUAGAUUCAUUUACUGGAACUAUAGCAACACAACUGGGACUCGACAGAGAAACGGAAGAUCACCUAAAUGUUGAAGUUGUUGCAUCAGAUGGUACAAAUUCCGCAACAGCUACAGUUACUGUCAAAGUACUGGAUAAAAAUGACAAUACACCCCAAUUCAAUUCUGGUCAAAGCAGUAUGACAGUCUCUGAAGGUUCAUCUAUUGGAGCAAGUAUUGGAAAAAUGAGUGCUACUGACAUUGACGAAGGGAAAAAUGCAGAAAUUACUUUUGACCUCGUCAGUAAUAAUGGUGGUCCUUUUAGAAUUAACCAAACAACUGGAGAAAUAACUGUCACUGGAAAAUUAGACCGUGAAACUUCCGAGACAUAUGGAGUGAGUGUAUAUGCACGAGAUAAUGGUAUAUCAAUAAGAUCAAGUUCCAUGUCAGUAACGAUAACUGUACUUGAUGUAAACGACAACCCACCAGUGUUUACUAUAGACGACCUUAAAGUUGAAUUUGAAGAAAAUAAGGAUUGUUCCAACCAAAUAGCAACUGUUAUUGCAACUGAUGCAGACAAAGCUGGUACAAGUAACAGCCAGAUAACUUAUUCAUUGUUAAGUGGAACGCAACAUUUUACAAUGGAUUCAUCGGGUAUACUGAAAUGUAAAACUACCCUGGACUACGAAGAUCAAUCAUCCUACCAGAUUACAGUAAAAGCUCAAGAUAAUGGGUUUCCUUCAUUAAGUUCAAAUCAGUCUGUGACCAUCAAUAUAAAGGAUAUCAACGACAACGCUCCAAUCUUCCAAUCUCCUCCAACUACAAUUACUAUCAGAUAUUUAUCAUCAGCAGCGGAACGUGUUAUUGAGGUCUUUAAAGUAACUGAUGAGGACUCUGGAGAGAAUGGUAGGGUGACAUUCAGUAUCGGUGGUUCAGCAGCGGAAUUUCUGAAUAUUGACCCAAUUUAUGGUAUUUUGCGUACAAAAAGUGACAAAAACAAUGGUGACUAUGCUUUACAAGUUAUCGCUAUGGAUAACGGUAAAUCUUCGAAGCAGACUACUACUUCAGUGACAGUAAAAGUAAAUAAAAACGUAGUUACGACUCAACCAAUUCAAUUUACACAGCAAGUAAUAAACAUGACGAUACAAGAGAAUCGUCCAAUCAACUCUCAAUUAGAAAGUGUUUCAUCAAAAGUCACCAAACCAUCUGGUGUAACUUUGAACUACACGAUUAUUGACAGCAGUAGUUCAGACGUGGCAUUUGUUGUACAUUCAACAUCGGGUAUGGUGUCCUUAUCAAAACAGGUUGACAGGGAAACAAUCCACACUCAUGAAUUUGUUGUUCUUGUGAAAAACCAGGCUGCACCAAAUGAAAGUGAUCUUGCCUUAGUGAGGGUCUAUAUACAAGACGAAAAUGAUAACAAGCCGACAUUUGUUAGCCCAGCUUAUUUCUUUAGAGUGAACGAAAACAAAGCUAUAUCCACUGUAGUAGAUCCACAAGGCAGAGAGAUAGUAGCAAGAGACAAUGACAUUGGUGAUAAUGCUGUAAUUGAAUUUCAAUUAUCUGGAGAUGGUGUUUAUAUAGAAUGCAGUUCCGCAUUCAGUCUUAAAAACGUAGGAUGGAAUACAAGAACUAUACAACUUUCAAAGAAAGUCGAUUAUGAAGUUUUAAAGAAGUGUGUUUUCAGUAUUGAGGCAUAUAAUCCAAAUAAUAGAACGAUGAGUACAUCCGUUUCUGUGACAGUUGACAUACUGGAUUAUAAUGACAACUCACCCGUAUUUACUGGACAGUCUUCAACCAAUAUAUUUACAGUUGAUCUUCUUGAGGAUACAACCAUCAACGAUCCUCAAUAUUUUGGUACAGUAAAAGAUGCUGACUCUGGAGCGAAUGGAGACAUAGAUCUGACUGUAACCAAUGGUGAUUGUUGGGUCGAUGUCACAAAAGUUGAAGGGACUGGUGAGAUAAUGUUGAGGUUGAAGGAGAAUGCAAACAUUGAUUAUGAAAGUGGACUGAGAAAAAAAGAUUGUAUAAUAAAAGCUUCUGACAAGGGCACUACUACAAGUUUGAGUUCAACAGUAACACUGAGUAUGAUUUUAAUAGAUGUUAAUGAUAAUAGACCUGUAAUAGCUAACCCACACAUAAAUAAAAGUGUGUCACGUGAUGCUGACGUUGGAAGAAACACAACAAUUGUGGAUAGAAUUCCAGCCUCUGAUGCAGAUUCGGGUGAAAACGGCAAGUUAGGUUAUGCAAUACGUAACAGUCAAGUAACAAUCCACAUACUUGAUGAGAACCCACGUCCUUAUUUUUCACAAUCAGAAACAGUUCACAUCAAAGAGCAUGUUCCACAACCAAAUGGCAUCCUAUCUACAGUAACAGCAUUUGAUAGAAGUCAUGGCACAAUUGAUAAAUGUAAUUGUACAUAUUCACUCGACACAACACGAAAGGACAUUAUUAUUAUAGAAAGUACCACAGGAACUAUCAAAUUUAGAGAUAGUGAUUUCGUUCUUGAUCGGGAAGGAGAAUCUCACGGAAAAGUGAUCAUUGGAGUUAUAGCAACCGACAAAGGUUCUAAGAAUUCCAAGACAAUGCCUUUUACUAUAAAUAUAGUCGAUAUAAAUGACCAAAGUCCAGCAUUUGAGAAGCUUGCAUAUGCCUUUAGAAUACCACAGAAUGCACCUGAAGGAACUACAGUAGGAACGGUGACUGCAAUCGAUCCCGAUGAAAAUCCUAUAACACUGUAUAACAUCAGCAUAAGAGACAAUGGGGGGUAUGAUGGAAAUGUGGUUACCAUAAACGAGAUGACAGGGAAAAUUACAACAUCCGGAAAUUUGACCAUACGUAGUGGACAAAAUGCUGUAAUAAAGGGAGUGGUUUUUGCGCAAGACGGAAACGAUACUGCUAAAUCACCAGCCAAUUCAAACUUCGAGAUUACAGUAGAAUAUGAUUAUAACAACAAACAUGCACCUGUAUUUCAAAAUACUCCAUAUGCAGCUCAAAUUAAUUGGAACUUAGCAGCUGGUUCUCUUAUUACUGAAAUUAAUGCGACAGAUGCUGACUCUGGCAGAAAUAGCGAUGUUUCAUACUCCAUAACAGAUACUAGCAAACGAGAGUUUUUCACAGUAAAUAAUGACGGUGUGAUAUCGUUAGCAUAUCAGUUAGAUUCCUCAUUAGGGAGCGAUAAUAUGGUUAAAAUAAAUUUAACAGUAAUAGCUAAAGACAAUGGUAUUAUUCCAAAAAGCAGUACAACCACAGUACAAAUACAAAUUAGUGGCGAGAAUCCCGGAGUUUGUAUACAAGGUGCAGCACAUUCUAAAGAAACAAAAGAAUUGGAAGACGAACGGCAAAAUUGGUCUAUUGCUGUUUAUGCACUUGUUGGUCUUCUUUGUAUAUCCCUCGUAGCGUCAUUCUUUUUUGUGUUUAAAUGGCGAACAUCUGCACCUGCCAAAAGUACAACGGAAGAGAGUAACAAGAAGGCAUAUUUUAGUCCGGAAUAUGACGAACUUGCAGCAAGAAGGAAAACUGUAGAAUAUUCGCAAUCAAAUGAAGCUUUUGAACCUCCAAGAAAAGAUAUAAACUUUACAGAUCAAGAUCCUUAUCAAAAACCUUAUGCACAAGCAGGAGGAGCAAGUUUCAAGACGUCGCCUUACGAUGAACCGAUACCAGAUUUAAAAGCAUCGUCAGAUGAACCUAAACCAGAUUAUCCUGUUUAUGAUUGGGAAACAAAAGCAACUAAAGUUCUACCACCUGUAGUGCCUUCAUCAUUUGGAUCAUCAUCAUGAUACUGCUCAUCCAAUAACUGAAAUGAGAUUAAAUUAUCGUAUCUGACAUAGUGUAGAUUAUGAUAAGGGACAUAACUCUUGACCACCAACGAUGCGUUUGUGUAAACCAUGUUUAAAAUAAAUUCUAUUAUUCUUAGUAACAAAGAUUAUUUUAGAUCAGGGUAACAAGAAUGCUUAAAAUAUCAUUGAUGAAACUGACUAUUUUUAACACAUUAUUACAACUUCCAAGCAAAGACCGACGCUCAUAUAUUCGGUAAUCAAACGCAGGACGUCGGGAAAGUUCGGAGAGCCGACAACCUGUCUUCGGAAGUUGUCAUUAUUGAUGUAUAGAGUUACGUCCCUUUAUCGUUGUCUUCAUCCUUCAUUUCUCCUCAAUUUGGUACCUUCAUUCAUUAUCAUCCUUAAAAAUCAGAAUUAGAAUGUCAUAUAUUUAUAUUAUUCAUAUUUCGCACAUUUAUAUAAUGCACAAUGAUAUUAUUUUUUGAUAUGAUGCCAAUUUGGUUCUACUUUAUCACAUCAUUUUUUUUUAUUGCAUUUCAGAUUGUUAGAAUCAAAUUGUUCAUCAGAUAUUGUACACUAAUAUACUUUAUGUAGAAUUUAGCAUCAUCAUUUAUUUCGAGUGUAGAGUUAAAAUGAAAUUGUAGUUAAAUUCAGUAUUAUGUUA